CGUGUAAAGCCACGUGUAGCCUGUUUGCUUGUGGAAGAAGACGCAAACGCGUGUCCACGAACGCCCAGCUGCAGUCUGGGAAAGGAGGUGGGGAAGGAGGGGAGAAGGAGGACAGGAGGGGGUUGAAGCAGGGGAGGAGGAAGAAGAAGGGCGGUUGUGGCUAUGGCGCUGAUGGUGAUGCCGUUCCUCAUUCUCAAUCUUGGCGGGGAGAUGAUGUACAUACUAGACCAAAGGCUGAGGGCCCAAGCAAUUCCGCCCGACAAGAGUCGUCGAGUGAUUCAUGACAUUGCGCAGACAAUUUUUGACCCAGAGUUCAUUGCAGAGCUGUUGAAGCCGCAGGAGAUAUACUCCACGAAGUCUGUGCAUCAGAUAUUUGUCAGGUUGGCACACUCUUCAAUUAUGCAUCUGAGUCAGACAAGCAUGGAGAAGCUUUAUGACCUUAUGGCGAUGGGAUUCAAGUUCCAACUUUUGUCCUCUUCUCCUCCAGAAGAAAUCAUGGAGAUAACAGAACGGCAUGCUGAGGGCAUAAGGAAACUGCUGUCUGAUCCAAGGGACGACAAGCUCGCUGAAGAUGCCCUUCUCUCUGUACGGCAGAUCGCAGUAACGUUGACGCCAGGAGAUUGGGCCACAAUGAAGCAAACCCUGUGUGCAUUUUUCAAAGACAAGAUGGUGAAGGUCUCUAUGUUUAUACAAGAAGGGAUACAGGCCCAAGACGGGUCGUUCAUCAUGCGUCUGCCUUCACCAGCCCCUCGAGAGGAUCUGGAAUCAGCUGGAAUGGUCAGGAAUUGGGGAGGGAGAAUGGUGAGGAACAGGGAGAGGGAAGCAGAAGGUGUUACCUCUGUAGAAGAUGAUGCUGGAAGAAGUUUGCUUUUCCCAUUGGGUUGCAACAUGUAUGCGAAACUGGAGCAGUCAAAACGUGGGGGAGCUCCAGAAUCUCAGAAGAUUAGGCGUGGCAGUGUUUCAUCAAUUCCAGUCAAAGGCUCAGGACCAAAACCUGGUGAGCGUGGUCGGAGGGCUUCAAUAGGUGUCGAAGGGGAUGCACUGCAAAAGCGAAGGGCAUCCAUAGAACUGGACAUGCUUGCAGAAAUGAUUGGGGCAAAUACAAAGGUGGCAGCUCCACAGCCGAAGAUCAAUUUGUUCCGUGGUUCCAGGUCGCCGAGGAGUGGAGCAUCCGAUCAUCCGGUUGAGACUAUCACUAUCGAUGCAUCACAAACUGAGGCCAGGGAGUCGAAGUGUUAGAUGCAGAAAAGAUUACAUCUCGCCAUAACCAAUACCUACUUGCGAGCAAACGCUCAGUGGUGCAAAAAGAAAUAAUUGUGAACUGAUUUGCAAAAACAUCUUAAGACCAACCAACUCCACUCCAAGUCUAUCUAGGAGAAGCAGGUAAACAAGUUGUGAGCGCUUAUGGGAUCAGAUGUGGCAAGUGGGGCCAGCCUUUGUGGCUGAAUGGUACACUCAUCAACUGCUGAUAAUCAGACCUGAGCUCUAAUCCUCAUGGAAUCAGAUAAGUAAAAUAACUCUACAUCA